ACAUGCGGCACUAUUGCGCCGUUUAGGAAGCGAUCUGUCGCAUGAUUUGUGAUUUCCACACAUUUUGCCAUAUUUGGUGUCGGAUAAGUCAGCGUAUUCCUCAAAAUGGGUUAGCUGAGAGAGGCGUCAACAUCGCGAUUAUUUUUUACCACUGGGAAGAUGAGCCGUUGGGAUUUGUAUACUCGCAGCAGGCGCCUUGGCAAAGAAAAAAGAAACAGGUAGAGACUGGACCAGAUUUCGAUAUCCCUGUGUUUUCUUUUUGUUUUGUUUUUGAGAGAUGAUACCAGAGUUGGUCUGCAGCGCCGUGGCUCUGGUCCUAUAUCUCAACACACUGGGCGCCGAUUUCUGCUACGAUGACAGCCGUGCCAUCAAAUACAACCAGGACCUGCUCCCCGAGACGCCCUGGCUCAACAUCUUCUACCACGACUUCUGGGGGACCCUGCUGACGCACAGCGGCAGCCACAAGUCAUACCGGCCCCUCUGCACGCUCUCCUUCCGUCUCAACCACGCCCUGGGCGGGCUGGAGCCCUGGGGCUACCACCUGGUGAACGUGACGCUGCACGCGGCCGUGACGGGGGUGUUCGCCCGCCUGGCCCGCUCCCUCCUGGGGGGGCGCUGGGCGCUGGCGGCCGGGCUCCUCUUCGCCGCGCACCCCGUGCACACCGAGGCGGUGGCGGGCGUGGUGGGGCGGGCCGACCUGGGGGCGGGGCUCUUCUUCCUGCUGUCGCUGCUGUGCUACUCCCGGCACUGUGAACUCAGGCCUGCCACUAACCCCACCCCCUCAACCACUGGCCCUGCCCCUCACUGCUGGGUGUGGCUCCUGGCCAGCCUGUUAUUGGCUGGCUGUAGCAUGCUGUGGAAGGAACAAGGUGUGACCGUGCUGGGCGUGGCUGCCGCCUAUGACCUCUUCAUCUUCCAUAGGCUCCGCCUCCGGCCGCUCCUCCACCUGCUGCGCAAGAGGAAGAGCCCCAGCCUCUUGCUCAGUUUGAGCGCUGUGGUGGUUUGGGGGGCCGUCCUCCUGGCGGCUCGUCUGUACUGGAUGGGCAACAAGCCGCCCAAUUUCUCCAGCUCCGACAACCCGGCGGCCAAUUCGCCCAGCCGCCUCGCCAGGACGCUCACCUUCCUGUACCUGCCGGCGGCCAACUUCUGGCUGCUCCUGUGCCCCAGCACCCUGAGCUUUGAUUGGUCCAUGGACGCUGUGCCCCUGCUGAGGAGCCUCUCCGAUUGGAGGAACCUGCACACGGUGGCCUUCUAUGCCGGGCUGCUGCUCCUGGCUCACUUCGGCCUGCGGAGCCCGGCUCGGGACCGCGACGCCCGCGUCGUCGACGGCGACCGCCACGUCACGGACGGCAACACCCACAUCGCCGACGGCGACACCUGCGUCGCCGACGGCGACGUCCACAUCACCGAGGGGAACGGCCGCUACCCGGAGGCACCUCACCCUGAGCCAGGAGACGCCGUCCCUCAGGCCCCCUCGUCCCCGGCGGUGGCCAGGGCAGUGGACGGGGCCCCCGGGCCCAGCCCGGAGGGGGCAGUUCUGUUCUCCCUGGCCCUGCUGGUCCUGCCCUUCCUGCCCGCCUCCAACCUGCUCUUCUACGUGGGCUUCGUGAUGGCGGAGCGCGUCCUCUACAUCCCCAGCAUGGGCUUCUGCCUGCUGCUGGCGCUGGGCCUUCGCUCCCUGAGCUCCCGGCUCGGGCCCAGGGCCUCCCGCCCCGCCCUGCUCGGCUGCUGCGCCGCCCUGCUCCUCCUGUUCGGCGGUAAGACCGUCCUCCGAAACCGGGACUGGCACAGCGAGGAGACGCUCUACAGGUCGGGCAUCGCGGUCAACCCUCCCAAAGCAUGGGGAAAUCUGGGGAAUGUCCUGAGGAACCAGGGCAAGAUGACGGAGGCAGAGAGGGCCUACAGGAAUGCGCUGUACUACCGCAGCAACAUGGCCGACAUGCUGUACAACCUGGGCCUGCUGCUGCACGACAGUAAGCAGCUACCUGAGGCCUUGCAGUACUACACACUGGCCAUCAACAGUAGGCCCACACUGGCCUCUGCGUACCUGAACUCAGGGAUCAUCCUGAUGAAUCAGGGUCACCUGGAUGAGGCCAAGCGGACCUUCCUCACCUGCGCCAACAUCCCAGACGAAAACCUGAAGGACCCCCACGCCCACUGGAGCUCUGUGACCAGCUGCCUCUACAACCUGGGGAAACUGCUGCAUGAGCAGGGUCACCAGGAGGAGGCCAUCGUCGUCUUUAAACAGGCAGUGCAAAAAAUGCCCCGACAGUUUGCCCCGCAAAGUCUCUACAACAUGAUGGGAGAGGCCCACAUGAGUCUGCACAGGCUGCAGGAGGCGGAGCAUUGGUACCGGGAGUCGCUGAGAGCCAAGGCGGACCACAUCCCCGCCCAUCUGACCUACGCCAAGCUCCUGGCCAUCAGGGGACGCAAGCAGGAAGCAGAGCAGUACUUUCUCAAGGCCAUCGAUCUCAAUCCCAGGAAAGGAAGCGGGUACAUGCAUUACGGGCAGUUCCUGCUGGAGGAGUCCCGUUUGGCAGAGGCAGCUGAGAUGUCAGAGAUGGCGGCAGAGCUGGAGAUCGGCCAGUUUGAUGUGGUGUUCAACUCCGCCCACAUGCUCAGGGCAGCUGGCUUCAACAGUGCCGCUGAGAAGUACUACGGGAUAGCGGCAAGCCGGAGACCCACAGACCCCGCAGCGCUGAUGAACCUGGGGGCCAUCCUGCACCUGAACGGGAAGCUGCAGCGGGCAGAGGCCAGUUACCUGCAGGCGCUGCAGCUCAGCCCCGACGACGCCGUCACCCAGGCCAACCUGCGCAAGCUCCGCAACAUCAUGGAGAAGCAGGGCCUGAAGACAGCCAGGCGGUGACCCCCGCGACCCCCGGCACGGGGCCAAUCGCAGCACCGCUUUCCCCGCCACUCUCAGCAGCAAGGGCUUGUAUUGGUGGGGGAAGGGUGGUGGGAGGUUCCUGCAGGACAAGCGGCACUGAUUAGAGCACACCUGGGAACACCACUCGAAGAGAUCUGGUGCCCCUGCACCCCUGGCAACAGUAACCCAGGAAACCCCUGACUGAACCAAGUGGAGGACUACGAUUGUUAAUGUUGCGGUGGCUAUGCUCAUUGGCAGAGAUGAUGGGGAUUAAGUGCCACUUGGACCUGAUCUAAACUCAAAGUGAUAUAGUUUGCACCUUGUUGCAUCAUUCGUGAAAAAAAACUAAACUGCUGAUUAAAAUCACAACUUGAAAUUCCUGGUAUGGUUAUCUCGGGACACACUCAAUACCCCUGGUGUGGCCACUACACACUUUGUGCCUAAAUUUAAUAAACAUAUUAAGCAAGUUUUUUUAAUAUA